GCGAGCGAGCCAGGCUGUCCAAAUUAUUUCGGUCUGGAAUUUUGGCAUUUUACGAAGAAGUGCGUGGAGGUGGAAGUUGUGGCCCCACUUUUUCUCCGAGAAAACAGGGUCCAAAAACAUGGCGAGUCCCGUAUUUUUCGGGCUGUCCCUCGCCCUUUUCACGGUGCUGAACUUCCAGGCUGUGAACACGCAAAUUCUGAGGCCAACUUACUUUAAUGUGGCCGAGGGCAAACCCAUCACUGCCACCGCGACCUGCGGGGAAGGGUUCCCCACGCCCGGCGAGCUUUACUGCAAGCUGACCGGUAACACCGGAGACACGUUUAGACAAUCGGAACGGGACAUUAUUCAGGGGCAGUAUUGUGAUUACUGUGAUGCGUACAAUCCAUUGAAGGCUCAUCCCAUUGAGUACGCUAUCGACGGCACUGAAAAAUGGUGGCAGAGUCCCCCUCUCUCCAGGGGAACGGAUUUCAACGAGGUCAACAUCACCAUCGAUUUGGGUCAGCUCUACCAUGUGGCCUACCUGAUCAUCAAGUUUGCCAACUCCCCACGCCCCGGCGUCUGGAUCCUGGAGCGUUCCAAGGACUAUGGCGAGACCUACCAGGCCUGGCAGUACUUUGCCGAGACCAAAGGCGAGUGUAACCAACUAUUUGGCAUGGAGUCUAUCGAGCAGAUUACCAGGGAUGACGACGUGAUGUGCACCGACGAGUACUCCAGCAUCGUGCCGCUGGAGGACGGUGAGAUUGUGGUGUCGUUGGUGAACGGACGUCCGGGCGCCAUGAAUUUCUCCUUCUCUGAGGUCCUCCAGGAGUGGACUAAAGCCACCAACAUCAGGCUGCGCCUGCUGCGCACCAACACGCUGCUGGGCCAUCUCAUGGCUAUCGCCCGACGAGACAACACCGUGACCCGCAGGUACUUCUACAGUAUCAAGGAUAUCUCCAUCGGCGGCCGCUGCGUCUGCAACGGCCACGCCAGCACCUGCAACGAGCGGGGCAACAGCGGCCGGCUGGUCUGCUCCUGCGAGCACAACACCUGCGGGGAUGAGUGUGAGACGUGCUGCCCGGGGUUCGUCCAGAAAGCCUGGCGGGCGGCCACCAUGGAGAGCGCCAACGAGUGCGAACCCUGCAACUGCUUCGGCCACUCGAACCAGUGCGCCUUCAACCAGUCCAUCGCGGACCAGCGCCUGUCCAUCGACAUCUACGGCAACUACGAGGGGGGAGGAGUCUGCCAGAACUGCCAGCACAACACGGUGGGGGUCAACUGUGACCAGUGUGCCCCGGGGUUCUACCGACAGCCUGGGGUCAGCUUGGACUCUCCUGACGUCUGCCAACCAUGCAACUGCGAUCAGACCUUCUCAACCGGCAACUGCGCCGCUAUCACCGGCGAGUGCGAGUGCCGUCCGCAGUACACCGGACCCGGAUGCAGCCAGUGUAACGAGGGGUACUAUGGUUACCCCACCUGUAGACCUUGUGACUGCAACAUCAACGGCACCCAGAACAAAGUCUGCCAGGUGAACGGCGGGCAGUGCCCCUGCAAGCAGAACUACGCCGGCCGCAACUGCGACCGCUGCGCUCUGGGAUUCUACAACUUCCCCGAAUGCACACCUUGCAACUGCAACCUGAUUGGCUCGGUUGACACCAUCUGUGAGGCCACCACCGGACAGUGCGGUUGCCUCUCGGUGUACGGCGGACGCACCUGCAACGAGUGCAGGAACGGAUAUUACAACUUCCCUACCUGUCAAGAUUGUAUCUGCAGCCCGGUAGGCUCGACAGAGGAGAUCUGUGACAAGACCAACGGCCAGUGCAUCUGUGAGGACAACUUUGGCGGUCCGCGCUGCGAUCGCUGCGCCUUCGGCAACUUCAACUAUCCUAACUGUGAAGCUUGUGGCUGCGACAGCCGUGGUUCAGCCUCGGACUCCUGCUACGACUCAGGCCAGUGCCAGUGCCUGCCCAACUUCACCGGUCUCAAGUGCGAUGAUUGCGCCCCAGGUUACUACCGCUACCCAGAAUGCCUUGAUUGCGAGUGCCACCGACAGGGCUCCCUCAGCAUCAUGUGCGACCAGGGCACGGGCCAGUGCUCCUGCCGCUCCAGCUUCCGCGGGCGGAUGUGCGAGCAGUGCGCCGAGGGCUUCUACAACUUCCCUUCCUGCGAGGAGUGCAACUGCGAUCCGGCCGGCGUGGUGGACGUCCCCGGCGAACCGCUGGGAGGCUGCGGCUCAUCCACUGGGGGGGCCUGUAGGUGCAAGAGCAACGUGCAGGGCCGCACCUGCGACACCUGUGAGCCAACCUACUGGAACCUGCAGAUCAGCAACCCACUGGGCUGUGAGCGGUGCGACUGCAACCCUGCCGGCACCAUCAAUGGGAUGGGCGAGUGCGAUAUGAGUUCUGGACAGUGCCUGUGCAAGGCCUUAGUUGCUGGACGUACUUGCUCGGAGUGCAGCGACGGGACUUUCGGUCUGAAGGCAGAAGAUCCCCUCGGCUGCAGAGACUGUGCUUGUGAUGUUGGUGGUAGCAGCCACGGCGCUUGUGACAAGACCACCGGCCAGUGUGUCUGUAAAGCAAGGGUCACCGGAAUCAUGUGCAACGAACCGCUUCCGACCCACUUCUUCCCCGACCUGUUCCAGCACAAGUUUGAGAUCGAGGGGGGUUCGACUCCCGAGGGCCGACGCCUCCGUGUCGGCUUCGACGAAACUGAGUUCCCUGGCUUCUCCUACCUGGCUUAUGCAAUCAUGUCGUCCAUUCAGCCCAUUGUACUGAGGACCGUUGAGGUUACGACGCCAAGCCUGUACCAUCUGGUGCUGCAUUACGUCUACCGUGGGGACUCCAACGUCAAGGGAAGGCUGACCAUUACACCCUCCAAUCCAGACCAGGGUUCGGAACAGUCCAGCGAUGUCCUGUUUGUUGCUGGCCCCGAUCCCCAACUGGUAACCGUAGAAGGCGGCGGCAUGAUCAGUCCCUUUGUGCUGAACCCCGGUACCUGGACUGUCACAAUUGAGGCUCCAGAGGGGGUCCUGCUGGAUUAUCUGGUCUUGAUCCCGUCUGCCUACUACGAGGCCACCAUCCUACAGCAGCGUGUCUCCGAGCCUUGCAUCGCGGGCAUUCACCAAGAAAGAUGCAACUAUUACACCUACCCAAUGGCUGACUUCUUCUACGUGGUCCGUGGAAUCAAUGGUUACUAUGAAAUUGACAGCACCAACGUCCCUGCCACGCAUUUCUUGGACCAGGAUAUUCUUCUGGAGAUUGGAGUCCCUGAUCUUGCUGUCAUGGAUACCCAACACAAGAACAUCUUGCUGAAUGUGCCCAUCAGCGAGUCUGGCGACUACGUCUUUGUCUAUGAAUACUAUGGUGGAGGGCCGGGAGUCCAGACCGGCACCGUGGAGGUGCUGGUCCAAGGAGGAACCCAGCGUGGCUACAUCAGCUUCUUUGACUGUUCAUUCCUUUGCCGUGCUGUUGUGGUGGAUUCUGACGGCAUGCCGAUGGUCUUCAACAUUGAUCAGCCUAACCCUUACGUCCGAUUGAUCCUGAAUGGCAACCCCGACCUGAUUGGAAUCAGCCAACUCAUCGCUAUCCCUGCCCCUAAGUGGUCCUAUGACUUUGUCACCCCGGCUCUUCAGUGCGUCCGCACAGCCGACGGAGAGUGCCAUAUCUCAACCUACCCAGUCCCGACUGGUUCUGUAUGGAUCGACAAAUCUGACAUCGACGCCGACGCCCCACUCCCGCCCAAUGUCAUAGACAGCGAUAUCACCCUGCACUACGUCACAACCGACGGCAGUGGUUCGACCUCGGUGACUUACGAUAAUGUCGAUGCCCUGGACGGACGCUACGUCUAUGUAGUCCACUACUUCCAGCCGACCGGGGCCACGAUGGACGUCAACUUCAACGUGCUGGGAGAAUUUGACGGAGAAGGGUCUUUCCAGGCUGGAUACUGCCCUCACGUGUCGGGAUGCCGCGCAGUCGUCACCCGGCCCGGUGACGGCAGUUCGACCUUUGACCUGUCAGGCACAGGCCAGGGCUACUACAUAUCACUACCGGACGGCAGCGAUGGCGAAAUCUGGAUUGACUAUGUCAUUGCCAUUCCGGAGAAUGACUACAAUGACGAUGUUCUGACCGAGGAUCCACAGGACAGGGCGGGAGAGUUCAUCCGCAGCUGUGGAGAAAACAACUUCUACAUCAGUCCCGACGGCAGCGGUUUCUGUCGUGAAGCCACCUUCUCCCUCUCGGCAGACUACAACAACGGCGCCCUCCCCUGCGAGUGCGACCGACAGGGCUCGCAGAGCUUCAACUGCGAACAGCUGGGCGGACAGUGCCAGUGCCGGCCCAACAUCGCUGGUCGCCGCUGCAGUCGCUGCAAGAUCGGCUUCUAUCAGUUCCCCAGCUGUCAGAGGUGUCGGUGUCGGUCGGGAGUUUGCAACGAGGUGACUGGAGAGUGUAUCUGCCCUGAUAACGUGGUCGGUGACAGCUGUGAUCGCUGCGCUGACAGGACCUAUGGGUACGACCCGCUGGUCGGCUGCGCAGAAUGUAACUGUGACGGCAGGGGUGUCGUUAAUGGAGAUUACAACUGCAACGAAAACACGGGCCAGUGCAACUGCAAGGCCAACAUCGGGGGUCGUCAGUGCGACCAAUGUCAGCCCGGAUACCACCGCUACCCGUUCUGCGAGUCCUGCUUCUGCGACGUGAGCGGGACCGAGGACGGCAUCUGCGAUCAGACUACUGCCGAGUGCCUGUGCAAGGAAAAUGUUGAAGGUGUUCAAUGCAACCAGUGCGAGCCGGGCACCUUCUACUUGGAAGCUUCCAACCCUAAAGGCUGCAUCAGCUGUUUCUGCUUUGGUCACUCCUCUGACUGCCGCAGCUACGGCCGACCGCGGGAAAAGCACAUCGACAUGGCCGGCUGGACCGUGACCAACAUGAAGUCGCCCCUGAUCCGAAGCGUCGGCAACCUGGUCAACGUCUUCGUCGGCAACGUCGGUACGGGCACCGACCCCAACCAGGCCAUCUACUGGGAGGCACCGCCCAGUUACCUAGGCAACAAGUUGACUUCUUACGGCGGCAAGCUCGAGUUUACCGUUUCCAGCAAUGGCAUCCCCGAGAGAGGGGACUCAACCUCCAGCCCGCUGCGCAGGCCUGAUGUCAUGAUCACUGGUAACAACAUCACCAUCAUGUACAUCAACGUGGAGCAGCCGCAGAAUGGCCGGCCUCUGGACAUGUCUCUCGAACUUCUGGAGGAUUACUUCCAGUACAGCUUCUCGGCGCGGACGGUGACCCGCGAGGAUAUGAUGAUGGUACUAGCUGGCAUCACGUCCAUCCAGAUCAGGGCACAGUAUUACAACAAGAUCCUAGAUGCAAGCCUCAGUGAUGUCUCAUUGGACGUCACCAGGAGAGAUGGAGGGGGCUCCCCAGCCUACGAGGUGGAACGAUGCCGCUGCCCUACUGGUUACACCGGUCUGUCUUGCGAGGAAUGCAUUGCAGGUUUCCGUCGUUCCUCGGGCCAGUAUCUAGGCACCUGUGAACCCUGCGAUUGCAACGGUCACUCCACGACCUGUGAUCCCGAGACGGGACGAUGCUACGAAUGUCAAGACAACACUGAGGGAGACAACUGUGAGCUCUGCAAAGUCGGUUAUUUCGGGGACGCCACCAGUGGGUCUCCUGAUAGCUGUAACAUCUGUUCCUGUCCUUAUCCUGACGAGACGAGAAAUUAUGCCUUCACUUGUUCCAUCGUGCCGACCGGCAUGAAGUGCGAGUGCCUGCUGGGACAUAUCGGAGAACGCUGUGAUGUAUGUGACGAGGGCUACUUUGGCGACCCCAGCCAGCCCUACGGUUUCUGCCGCAAGUGCAACUGCAGCGGCAACUCCAACCCCAACGCCGCCGGGCCCGAGUGCGACCCGCGCUUCGGCAACUGCCUGCAGUGCAAGCCGGGCACCACGGGCAUCAACUGCGACACGUGCGACCGGUGGUACUACGGCGACGCCGUCAUUUCCAGGAACUGUCAGGAGUGCCCAUGCGAUCGCUGCGGCAGCCAAGAGUGCGACGUCAACACGGGUCGCUGUGACUGCAAGGACAAUGUCGUCGGCACACUCUGCGAUCGCUGCUCUCCCGGCUUCUGGAAUUUCAGCAGCUGCGCGGGCUGCUCUCCCUGCCAGUGCGCUUUUGCCUCGGAGAGCGGACAGUGCGACUUUGAGACCGGCCAGUGCCAGUGCAAGCCGGGGGUGGGCGGAGCCAAGUGCGACCAGUGCCUGCACGGACACUGGAACUACGGCUCCGACGGCUGCCAAACUUGUAACUGUGAGCCACACCUUCGCUGUGACUCGGUCACCGGGGAGUGCCUGUGCCCGCCUGGUGCUACCGGAGAAAACUGCGAAUUCUGCGAGGAUCGUUACGUCAUGACGGACGAAGGAUGCCAACCGUGCGACGAGUGCGUCGCCCUCCUACUGGACAUGAUGGAAGCCCUGGACUUUGACAUCGACAGCGCCGUGGCCAACGUGUCUGGGUUGUCGGUGGGUUACGAGACCUACCAGCGACUGAGAAGACUGAACAAUUCUGUGAUCGCGGCCAUGAAUCGCACGGACGCUUUGGCGGAGAACAACGUGGCUGUUAUGGAUGGUUUCAUGAAAGUGGAGAUGAACUACAGUGCACUGCUGGAUCAGGCCAUUGCGCUCCGGAUCAGGUCGGACAAGAUCGUGCAGCAGGCAAACGAGACUAAGAAGGAGUCCCAGGAUACUGGCUUCAAGGCUGUUGACGUCGAACGCAAAAUCAACGAGACAAUACAAGCAGUCUUCGAUGCCAUCAAGGCCCUGUACAAUAACUCCAACAUUCCCGAGAACGCCAACAUCACAGACAUUUCCGGCAUUCUGGCCGAAGCUCGGAUGAUUGUAGCCGAAAUUGCCGCCAGGAAUUUCUCGGCCGGACGUCGAGCUUCCGAUGAGGAACUCGUGGCAGCGAAAGAUGUGCUUGAGAGGGUCAAGAUGCUCCGUAACGCUUCCCUUGAGCUGAUGGGCCACGUCCAGAACGUCUCGGACCACAUGGCUGGCUUCCUGGACCAGCUGCAGAAGCUGAUUGACACCAGCAACCGGGCCAACAACCACUCCAUGCAGGCCGAGGAUCUGAACACCAUGAACCAAGUACCUGCGUUUGAGGCUGUCAUGCAGGAAGUUGACAAGAAGUUCAAGGGAGCUACUGGAGACGUUGACAAUGCCACCGCCCUGAUUGAGGCUGCCCUGCAGUUCCUGGAAGAAGCCCAGAACGCCCUAGAUGCCACCCAAGCCAACUCCACUCUCCUUGAGGAGGCCGUACGGAGACUGGAGCCACGGGUCAACUUUGUGGUCAACAAGUCGGACUCCGUGGACGCCAUCGUCGACGAGGCGAUGCGACACGCCGCAGACCUGAAGAACCAGUCCGAGUACCUCAGUGGCCUAUUGGUCGGCACCCUGGACCUGUCCAUGAAUGCCGUCAAGGCGGCUAAUGCCUACGGAGAGAUCGUGGCCGCCAUUGACGCAGCCGAGAAGGCCGCCAUGGAUGCACUGAACGCCAGCAGCCAGGCAGAAGAACAGGCCAACAGCUUUGGCAAUAAUCCGGCCGAUCAGCUCAAGAAGAGCCGACGUCUGCACAGGAAGGCCGCCACGGCCAACAGAGAAGUGGCAGAUCUGGAAAAGAAGCUUGACCAGGUGGGUGAGAGCGUGGAUGGGGUCAAAGGUCGUCUGGACGGCGCGGACGAUCGCCUGGAGGCCAUCCGCCGCGGCAUGGCUAAUAUUCCCGAUGAGAGCAGCGUCUGCACCAUCACCGUCUGCCAAGAGGGCCAGGCUGACUGCAAAUCUGGCUUCACCGGGGAGAACUGCGACAUCAGUAAGCUAGGGGAUCAGGCUCAAGAAGCCGUAGACACGGCCAUGGCGGCCAACGCCAAGGCCACCAAGGCCACUGAAACAAUCGCCAAUGUGGAAGCCCAGCUGCCCGAGCUGAAGGUUAAGGCUGACAAGAUUCCCGAUGACAUCAACGCCGCCACCCAGGCCGGAAACAUCGCGGCUGAUGCCAGUAACCGUGCCAGGGAAGGCGUGCGAGACAUCCGCAACCUAGACCGCUCGCUGACUGCCUUGCACGCCAACAUCCAGAACAUGACCCUGGGGCUCCAGUACAACCUGGACGAGAUCAAGAGAAAGAUCGCCAACGCCCGUACCCUGGCUGACGGGGUGAAAGUAGCCAUGAAAUUCAAGCCGGACUCCUCUGUCCAGCUGCGUUCCCUCGCUCCGGAAGACCUCCAGGCCCAGGCGGCUCACACCUCCACCUCCCUGUACUUCCGGACCCAGGAGCCCAACGCUAUGCUCUACUUCAUCGGAGGGCCGAAUGCUGAUGAUGACUAUUACUCUCUGGGCAUCGAGGACUCCAACGUCGUCCUGCGCUACAAUCUCGGCGGCGGCGAUAACGCGGUCACGGUGGCCAAGAACGUCAACGACUUCAGGUGGCAUCAGAUUAUCAGUGAACGCAAUGGCAAGUAUGCCAAGGUGAUCGUCAAGGGACUCGAACAAGAGGACGUCCUUCAAGAUGGGGAAUCUAGCGGGGAAAAUGCCAUCCUGGACCUAAACCCCGAUGCGCAGGUGUUUGUAGGCGGCAUUCCCCCGGACGUGCAGUGGCUGCCAGCGGCAUUGCCCAACCGCGUCUUCAACAGUGGCGGCAUUGACGAGGUGACUGUGAACGGACAGCCCAUGAGCCUCUGGAACUUUGCCGAUGCCAUCAAUGCCGAUGAAGGAAUCCUCAGGAAUGACACCAUCGAUGUUCCGGAGGAUCCAGACGCGGAAGGAGUCCUGUUUGACGGGAACGGCUACAUCGUACUGGACAAGGAAGGCGGCUUCAAUCCCCGCUUCACCUCCAUGACCAUCGCCUUCAGGACCUACGCUGCAAACGGCCUGCUGUUCUUCAUGGGCGACCAGGGCAAGUAUUUCGCCAUUGAGCUGAAGGGCGGCCGGGUGCAGUUUGAGUACGACCUGGGGACUGGCCCCCUGACUCUCAUCACAGACGAGCAGUACAACAACGGGGAGCAGACUAAGGUCCAGGCCAACUUGCGGGGGAAUGCGGGAAGCAUGCGAGUAACGUCCUCGAGCAACGAUGUGGAAGCAGUAUCAGGAGAAUCCCCGGGAGAUGGCUCCGAGCUAGCCGCUGGAGAUUACUUCUACGUGGGUGGCUUGGUGGCAAUCCCUGACGACCUCUUCCCGUCGGUGACCCGCGUCGGUUUCCGAGGCUGCCUGAGGGAGCUGUCCUUUGGAGCCAACCAGAUUGACCCCUUGAAGAACAGAUGGAGUUUUGGUAUCUAUCCAAACUGUGUAACACAGAGAGUGGGCCUGGUCUCAUUCAACGGUCCCUACGGUGGUUUCGUGUCACGGACGCCGGUAGAUAUCAACGGCAACGGUGACGUCAUCUUCAGGUUCCGCAGCACGGAGGCCGACGGGGUAAUGAUGUACAUGUCCAGCGAAGACAAGACUCAGUUUGUGGCAGCCAUGAUCGUCUCAGGCGCGGUGCACGUUGUCGCCGACAGUGGACAAGACAGCAUCGAAGUUGUCUCCAACCAGAAUUCUUACAACGACGGGGAGUGGCACACAGUCACCAUCACUAAGAACGCCAGGAAGCUAACAGUAGUGGUGGACGACUCGGACUCCAACUUCAGCCGUUUCCAGAAGAAGGCGAUGAGAACAGAUGGCUAUUUCUUGGUGGGUGGCUUCCCACGCCCUGGCUUCAUCGAAGCCGCCAUCUUGCCCACGACAGACAACUUCAUCGGCUGCAUAUCGGAUCUGGCUGUCGGUUUUGAGGUCGUGAACUUCAAUGAUCAGAUCCGCUCGGAGAACAACGCGAAUCUGAACGUCUGCCCACUCGGCUCAGCCCAUCCCACGAUCCCGUCCUCCAACACCACGGGGCCUGACAUGGGUCCUGUUGCCCCCACCACCGCGCCCGCCCCUGCCAUGACCACGCCAGGACCAGCCGAGGGUGCCUGCAAGCUGCCCAGGGUGGCCGGCGCCGGCGAGCAACUGCCGGAGGACGAGGGGGCCGAUCAGUAUGGCAUCACCAGCUACAGCCGCAAGGAAUACCCCGUCCUGGAUGCCGCCUUCAAACGAAACAUGGUCAUGCAAGUGGAGCUGAAGACAGUGGCCCGUAACGGUCUGAUCAUGUUCACGUCCGACACCCGACACAUCGACUUCACUGCAGUGUACCUGCGGGACGGCAAAGUGGUCUUCGGUUGGGACUAUGGGAGUGGGCCCUUGCUGAUAGAGUCACCGGAGAACGUCAACGACGGAAACUGGCACACGGUUGUCAUGAAACGAGUGGGUGAAUUAGGCGAGCUGAUCAUUGACGGUCAGUUGGUCAAUAAGGACGAGAUCGCUGGCAGAAAUAUCUUCUUGAGGACCACCACGCCCGUCUACAUCGGCGGAGUUGACUCGGAAGUCGCAGCCGCCAUGAAGGCCAAUAAAGUUGAUCCGUUGUCUCGCGUGAGCUUUGUCGGUUGCCUGCGAGGUUUCAUGCUCGGGCAAGAUGCAGCCGACACACCCAUCGGUGAACCAGACAACGUCGUUGAGGUGGAGCCUUGCACGGGGAUCAUCGAGCCAGGAGUGUUCUUCGGCAAUGAAGGGGGAUGGCUCGAGCAGAUCUCUGCCUACUCUAUCGGCAGCACCUUUGAGAUGAGGAUGUCCAUCAAGCCAAGAGUCUCCACGGCUGUCCUGAUGUCCGUCCAAGGCGCUCGCGGGGACUACCUCUCUCUGGAGAUGGUGGACGGAGUGCUGAACCUGCGCUGUGAGAAUGGAGGAGGCCAGAUUGUUGCUACCUAUGUGCCUCCCGAGGGGACCUUCUUCCUGUGCGACGGCAACUGGCAUGACAUCCUAGUGGAGAAGACUGAGAAUGAGCUGAUGUUGACAGUGGAUGGGGAGCCAGGGGAGCAGGGCGUGGGCAGUGAGAACGCCAUCGCUGCCGACACUAGAGAUCCGCUCUACUUCGGCGGCAUACCCGAUGGUGCCGAUCAUACGGGACUCACCACCGCGGAGGGAUUCGUGGGCUGCAUCCGUGACGUCAUGCUGCGCGACGACCUGGUCAACUUCAAGGAAGCGGUGGACAUCGUGGGCGACAUCAACGCCAUGUCCUGCCCAGCCACCUAGAGAGGGCGCUGUAACGCAACUUCCAACGAGGUUCUGCGAAAAAAUGCACAAAUAUUGAGUACUCUGUACAACAUAAUUUGACAAGUUUUAAACCUUUUUUUACAUUUUACUCUUCAAAUAAGUGGUUCGGUUUUUUGUUUUUUGGUUGUUGUUUUUUUAAGUUGUGUAGUCUGGAUUGUGUAUUUGGUGAUUUGACGUAAUUGUUGUUGGAUUUUAUGUGAUUAUGGGGGGAGUGGUGUUGUUUAAAGAAAACAAAUAAUUAGACACUGAUCUAUUUGUGUAAUUUUUGAUUCUCGUGUCUUUUUUUGACGUGAACCUGGACUGGAAACGGAUAGUUGAAGCAGCACACCUGCGAGUUCAGAAACUGUUAGGCUGGUUAAACCUGUCACUAUUUUACAAAUAUCUUGCUUUAUUGGCUGGUGCGAACAAGUUUCAGUUUUCAUACAAAUGACUAUUGAAAUUUCUCCACCCCAAAAAGGAUUCACACAAAUAAACAAUGCCCCUUGUUACUUGUGUCCUGAUAUUAAAUCUUGUGUCCUCAUAUUAUGAAAAGACAACGUUUUUGAUUCAGAUUUUUGAUUUCCAAAGCACAACAGUUUUAGAACUGCAGGGUAUGUACUGCUUCAAUAUGACGACGAACGAGUAAAAAUUAGCAUAGUUUCUUGGCUUUGAGCAUUCUACACUUUUUUUCUCAGAAUUUUGGUUUGCAAAGGGUUUGAACGAGUCGGUAGCAAUACCGAGUCUUUUUUUUCCAGAAGAUAUUCCCAACUCAAAGCUGAACUAUCUUCUAAAAAGUUUCAUGUUCGAAAGGUCAUGCUCAAGGUCAUUCAACUAUGCUUGAAUACCAAAAAGUAUCCCAAGUUGAAAAAGUGCAGUUUCAUCACCGAAUGAAAAAAAAAAAGAAUUUAAAAAAAAAAAAUCAGCAGCUAGACAAUCCAUAUUUGUCAUAUGGGCUUACCAUCACCCAAAAUUGUCCCGUAGUUCAGUGAAGUCUGAAAGCAUUUCUGUUGCUUAAACUCUGAAAGUAAAAGUAACAGUUAUUGCUACAUUUCUCAACAUUAGUACCAAUUGUAUGUAAGAUCAUGUGACUUCCAUGUGACUGUCAUGGGAUUUCGGGUCUGCUCUUACCAACUUGGGAUACAUUUUGGCCUAGUAAAAUCUUAGUUAAUGUAGCGUUUAGAGACCACUUUUUGUACUAACACUUAUACCCCAGGGAAUAUAAGUACCAUCGUCUCCUUUUUUGGUAGCUUUCUAUUUUUAUAGUAAUAAAAACUAUUUUUAACCUAACAACAACUUCAAAACUUUUUAAGCACCUUUUUAUAUUUGUGAUUUAACAUGUUCCAUAUUUUUGAAAACAAUAAUUAAAUUUUAAUGAAUCGUGUGAUCAAAGUUUUGAUGUCCAAAAAAAAAGGGCAAAAUCAGGCAACUUACAAAAUAAGCUAAAUAACAAUUUACAGCUAAUUCCUGAUUACUUCCAACGUUUAAUUCUUGAUUUAAAAACAACUUACACAAUUUUGAAUCAAAUUAGUCAAGUUCUCACAUCUGUAAUGAUAUUGGAAUUAGCCUAAAAACCCAUCCUAAAUUUGGAAACGACAGAAUUUGGUGAACUAAGUAAGUUAUGUUAAUGCAACCUUCGUCGGUCCCCUUUCAUAAAAUGAAUUUUUUUUCUGUCCCGUAUUACUCAAUUAUAUUUUCAUUACCAUCCCCAGAUAUACCUUCCUGUGUGGUGCUAUUAAGGGAUUAAAAUAGAGUAGUGUAGGAAUAAAGCAAAAAGAAAAAAGUACUAACCCGGAGAUUGCAGAACAUCAUUUUUGGCCAAGUGAGGGCGCUCAACGAUACAAAAAUUCCUUUCGAAAUAAAUAAAUAUACUAUUGUAAUCUCAAAGUAUCAUUAAUGGUCACAGUAGCCUUCAGCCAUGAAAAAACUUGCCCUCACUUUCGUGAAAACCCGCUAAUAGCGCCCUUUUAUAGACCAUUAUCAUGUUGCAGCCAUCUUGAUUUUUUCCCCAUUCAAAUCAACGUAUUAAACCAAAGCGAGGCUGGAAGGAAAAAUAGUCUGGCUCCUUUUUGCACAAAAAAAAACAUUCAGUACUGUUAUUAGAUACAGGGAACAUGACUGAAAUGGUGGCAGCAUGAUAAAGGUCUUGUAUUGUCAAAUAGACUGGGCCCCAGUCCCUCCAUCAUCGAUUUUGACUCUAUGUCAAUAUGUCUCUUCAUUCAGCUGUCCAUCGCAGUUUGUAAAAUUGGUUAACCUUCACUCUUUUAUCAAAGGUACUCUUUGAAAUCACUGUACUUUAAAUCAAUUUUAUAUGGUUUUAACAUUUUUAUAUUCAUUUUCUAAAUAAAGGUCUGUUUCAGCUGCAACUCCAA